AUGAGCAUUCCAAAAACACAAAAAGCUGUUGUCUUUGAGCAAAACGGUGGCCCUUUGCAGUACAAGGACAUCCCAGUGCCUGAGCCAAAGGACAACGAGCUCUUGGUCAACAUCAAGUACUCCGGUGUGUGCCACACCGACUUGCACGCCUGGAAAGGUGACUGGCCAUUGGCCACAAAAUUGCCCUUGGUCGGUGGCCACGAAGGUGCCGGUGUUGUGGUGGCCAUGGGCAAAAACGUCAAGGGCUGGGAGAUCGGCGACUACGCUGGUGUCAAGUGGUUGAACGGUUCGUGCUUGAACUGUGAGUUCUGCCAGCACGGUGACGAGCCCAAUUGUGCCGACGCUGACUUGUCUGGUUACACCCACGACGGUUCUUUUGAGCAGUACGCUACCGCUGACGCUGUUCAGGCCGCCAGAAUCCCCAAGCACGUGGACUUGGCCCUCGCUGCUCCCAUCUUGUGUGCUGGUAUCACCGUUUACAAGGCAUUGAAGACCGCUAACUUGCAAGCAGGCCAGUGGGUGUGCAUCUCUGGUGCUGGCGGUGGAUUGGGUUCUUUGGCCAUCCAGUACGCCAAGGCCAUGGGCUACAGAGUGGCUGCCAUUGACGGUGGUGACGAGAAGGCCGAGUUCUGCAAGUCCUUGGGUGCUGAGAAGUUCAUUGACUUCACCAAGUCCAAGGACAUCGUCAAGGACGUUCAGGAGGCCACCAAUGGCGGUCCUCACGGUGCUAUCAACGUUUCUGUUUCCGAGAAGGCCAUUGCACAGUCUGUUGACUACAUCAGAUCCACCGGUACCGUUGUGCUUGUUGGUUUGCCUGCUGGUGCCAAGGUGGUUGCCCCAGUGUUCGAUGCUGUGGUGAAGUCCGUGAGCAUCAGAGGCUCCUACGUCGGUAACAGAGCAGACAGUGCCGAGGCGCUUGACUUCUUUGCCAGAGGCUUGAUCAAGUGCCCUAUCAAGAUUGUCGGUUUGUCUGAAUUGCCAUCGAUCUACGAGUUGAUGGAACAGGGCAAGAUUUUGGGCAGAUACGUCGUCGACACCUCCAAAUAA